AUGCAUGAAUUGGAUCUUGACUAUGACCAAGAGGUAAACAAUUUCAAAAAUAAAAUUUUAAAUUUUGAGCAAUAUUUAAAACAAUGCUCAAAAUUAAAGAAAUUGUCAAUAAGAGAUAGACCCAAUAUCCAUCAGAUUGGUUUCCAUAUUACCGAAUAUAUUCAAUUUCAAGAUGCUAUCAAUAGCGCAAUACCUGGACUAUUACACUUAACAAAGGUCCAUCUGAACGGUUUUUUAAUAAAGAGAAACGAUUUCUUUGUGGCCUUAUCUCAAGUACCAGGAAUUAAAAGCUUAAAGUUACAAAAUGUAAAUUUAAGAUUUAAAAUCAUAUACAAUGAGCUUUUAACAUACUUAACUGGUAAUAAAAAAUUAAAAAAGCUUUCAAUUAGAAAUCACUUACCCAUAGAAUGUAGUGAACCGUUUUUAAAAUAUUUGUCACAAACCACCGAGCUCUCAUAUUUAAAUAUUGCAUUCAACCAAAUGGACAUACAAAAAAUUCUAUCAGAAAUACUCGAAAACCAUAAAUACCAAUUCAGACAAAUUGUCAUCGGAGAUAACUUAAUAUUGCCCUUUAAUUUUUUACUAUCAACCGAUAUCACUAAAUGCAUAAAUAUAAAAUACAUAUAUGGUAAUCAAAGAAACUCAAUCAUUUUAAAUAAGGAAAAUGUUUUCGAAAUCAUGACCAAUUUUUAUAAAGUGGAGGAUCACUUAAUAAAUCUUUAUGAAUAUUAG